AAACAGCAGAAAUGAGACUCGUCCAUAGAGGAUGGAGGCGUGUCCUGUCUGCCUCCAUGGGCGUGAGGUUCUUCAUAUAAUACCUGCUGCCGGGACCUCAUCUAGUCCGUGUACAGAAACGUUAACGGUGCCCACCCUCUGACAAUGGCCCAGUCUCUCCUCGACACCAUGCCCGGAGCCUCCACCGGAACCGUGGUGGUCACGGACCAUCUGAAUUACUGGGGCGGGCAGCGAGUUCAGCCCCGGCAGCAGAAAGACGCAGAACCGGUUUUUGAACCCGCCACUGGCCGUGUCCUGUGUCAGAUGGUCCCCUGCGUGGCCGAGGAGGUGGACGAGGCCAUUAAGAGCGCCCACGGAGCCUACCUGAAAUGGAGAAAGAUGGCGGGCAUGGAGAGGGCACGGGUGAUGCUCGAGGCCGCACGCAUUAUCAGGGAAAGAAGGGAGAAGAUUGCAAAGCUGGAAGUGAUCAACAAUGGAAAGUCGAUCACUGAAGCACUGGUGGAUAUUGACAUUGCCUGGCAGUGCAUUGAAUACUAUGCUGGCAUGGCUGGUACUCUUGCAGGUCAGCACGUCCAGCUUCCUGGUGGUGCCUUUGCUUACACCAGGAGGGAGCCUCUUGGUGUGUGUGUGGGGAUCGGUGCAUGGAAUUACCCCUUCCAGAUCGCAGCAUGGAAGUCUGCUCCUGCUCUGGCAUGUGGUAACGCCAUGGUAUUCAAGCCCUCUCCAAUGACCCCUGUGACUGCUGUCAUUCUGGCUGAGAUCUACAAAGAGGCGGGGGUACCCGACGGACUCUUCUGUGUGGUGCAAGGUGGAGCAGCGACCGGCACCUUGCUCUGCCAUCACCCAAUGGUUGCUAAAGUCUCCUUCACCGGCAGUGUGCCAACAGGCAAAAAGGUCAUGGAAAUGUCAGCAAAGGGGGUGAAGCAGGUGACUCUGGAGCUCGGAGGGAAAUCUCCUCUGAUUAUCUUCAAAGACUGUGAGUUUGAGAACGCAGUGAAGGGAGCACUCAUGGCAAACUUCCUGACACAGGGAGAGGUUUGCUGCAAUGGGACCAGGGUGUUUGUGCAAAGAGAGAUCAUGCCCCAGUUCCUGGAAGAAGUGGUAAAGAGGACCACGGUCAUCCCCGUGGGUGACCCUCUGCUUGAUGGCACCCGGAUGGGAGCGCUGAUCAGCAAGCCACACCUGGAGAAAGUGUUGGGAUUUGUCAAUCAGGCCAAGAAAGAGGGAGCCAAAGUGCUCUGUGGAGGAGAGCCUUUUGUCCCCAGUGACCCCAAACUAAAAGGGGGCUACUUCAUGUCACCAUGUGUACUUGAUAACUGCAGAGAUGACAUGACCUGUGUGAAGGAGGAGAUUUUUGGCCCGGUCAUGUCUGUGCUGCCUUUCGACACAGAGGAAGAAGUUAUCCAGAGAGCUAACAACACCACCUUUGGCUUGGCCUCCGGAGUGUUCACCAGGGACAUCUCUCGAGCCCACCGCGUGGCUGAAAACCUAGAGGCAGGAACCUGCUUCAUCAACAACUACAACAUCAGCCCUGUGGAAGUGCCAUUUGGAGGAUACAAGAAUUCAGGCUUUGGCAGAGAGAACGGCCAGGUGACAAUCGAGUACUACUCGCAGCUGAAGACUGUGGUCGUGGAAAUGGGCGACGUCGACAGCCUCUUCUAACCUCCUCACAGAGUUUAGACUCUAAAGAAAUACACACCCUGAUGCCUUACAGCUUAUUAAAUAAGUAUUACGUGUUGUGUGUGUGGGAGUAGAACCAAAAGCCUUAGUGAACUGUGAUUGAACAAUAAAAGAAACUAAAGACUUCCUGGAACACUGUUUGACAACACUUUUUAUCCGAAUAAAAUGUUUUCCAUGCA